AAAGGUCAUUAUUCUAGGGAAUGUGAUUUACCCCCUAAAAGGAGAAAGGAUGCAAAUAUGGUUGAAGUUUAUUCUGACCUUGAUUCAGAAAAUACACAAAAAAACACAAAAAAAGCAAAGGUCGCAAUUGAAAGACUUG